AUGGUCUAUGACUACCGCUUGACCCAGUUCCCUCCCAGCAGACGACCUGGCAGCGGGGCGGAGGGCCCCUCCAUCAGGGGAGCAAAAUGUGGACCCUCCUCGCAACCUCCUCCUACCAGCAAGGGCACGGUGCCUUUUGCGUCUUCCCAGCGCCAGGGCGAUGGGCAGGAUGCUGUACCUUCCCAAAGACAGAGGCCUGGUCCUUGUCCACCAGAGCCUGAGGCCCCACACAGGAGACAGACCGGUGAAGAGGUAACAGCCAGGCACUGGGCUGAGGGGCCUAACCUGGCCAAUGGCUAUUCAGGGCACGGGAAGGCCAUGGCAGGCUUCACCAAGGAGAAGAGAUUGGGCUGUGUCUUUAAGACUGAGCAUGAGUUUGCCAACUGGCCUUGGCUGAGCCUCGGCCGGGACCCGGGUCUGUCUGCAGCCAAGGUUUGCCAGUUGCGGGGUGGUGGCGGCAGUGGUGCCGGAGACCUCGCCAGCCUGCCAAGCCCGGGGCUCGGAGGCCUGUUGGCGGCGAGGCCGGGCCCCCCGCGGUCGAGGAGUUCCUCGGGGCGCGCCGCCGGCAGAGGCAGCGGCCGGCCAGGCCCUUCCAGACCGCGGGGCCCACGCCUCGGCGGCCCGGGGCGCUCGGCUCGGGCACUGCAGCCCGGGAGCGACAUCCACCGGCGGAGCCAGCCCGCGGCACCCGAGGCCGCCUCGCCCCGCCUCGCCGCGGGCCCUGAAGGAGCGCCCCGGGCAGGCCCGGGGCGGCUGCGGCGGCGAGAGGUGCCUCUGCCGGGCGCGGAGGGCGGCGGCCGGGCCGCGGGCAGGGCCUGCGCGGCCGCGGGCAGCAGGCGGGCGCCGGGACCCUGCGCUGGGAGCCCGUCGGAGCCGCCAGCCGCCCGGCUGGGCGGGGGUCCGGGGCGCCCACGUGGGAGGACUGCAGGGCCCGCGGCCCGGGGCUCCGCGCCGCCUCUGAGCGGGCCCGUGCUCCCCGGCGCCCCCGGCGCCGCGCUCGCCCCGCUCCGCCGCCCGCCCGCCCGCCCGCCGGCGGCCCUUCCUCGGCGCGAGGGCGAGGCGCUCAGGUGCGAGCGCGGGGCCCCGCCGCAGCGCCCGCCGCAGCGCCGCGCCAAGCCGCGGCACCUCCGCUCCGGGGGCCCGGGCGCCUUCGCUUCCGUCUCGGCCAAGUUGCGUCGACCGGCCCUUUCGCCACCUUCCCCGCCCGGCGACCGGGCCGCCGCUGCCGCCGCUUUCGCUUCACCCGAGCGGGGGCUGCGGGGCCCCGACGCGGAGAGGAUGGGGAGAAGGCUGCGGAUGCCCAGGCGCCCCGAGACGCCCGUGCGCCAGUGA